AGAAGAUCUAUUAUCUUCUCAUCAUCCCCAGUAAGAGCACAAUGCUGACUCUUCCGUUUGAGGAUCCUGUCAUAAUGGACACCCAAUUCGGGGCAAACUUUCCACGGGACUGCGUGGGUGAAAUGAAGGUCAAUAAACAAGAGCCGUUUAAAAAGGAGGAGACGCUCUCCCACGCUAUGGAGGACGAGGAUUCGGAGAAAGACGAGGACGAAAGGGAGGACGGACAGGACGAGAACGGUCUGCCUCGGAGGAGAGGGCCUCGGAAAAAGAAAAUGACCAAAGCUAGGGUGGACCGGGUCAAGAUGAGGCGCGCGGAGGCCAACACCAGGGAGAGGAACCGAAUGCACGGCCUGAACAACGCCCUGGACAGCCUGCGCAAGGUGGUGCCCUGCUACUCCAAAACCCAGAAACUGUCGAAAAUCGAAACCCUGCGGCUGGCCAAGAACUACAUCUGGGCGCUUUCCGAAAUCCUGAGCACUGGGAAGAGGCCUGACCUCUUGACCUUCGUUCAGACCCUGUGUAAAGGGCUCUCGCAACCCACCACCAACUUAGUGGCCGGAUGUCUGCAGCUGAACGCCAGGAACUUCAUCCCGGAUCAGAUCAGCAGCGAGCCGUCUUUCUCUGGUAGGUCGCAGUACGAGUCUGUGUACGGGACCUACCACAGUCCGGGUGUGGUGACACCCUCUGUACCCUCCAUAGAUCCUGUCAAACCCUUCAGGCCGUUCAACUACUGCAGCUCCUAUGAGACUUUCUACGAAAGCGUCUCGCCGGAAUGCGGAAGCCCUCAGUUCGACGGUCCUAUAAGCCCUCCUAUUAACUUUAACGGGAUCUUUUCCCUCAAGCAAGAAGAGCCGAUCGAAUACGGCAAGAGCUGCCACUAUGGCACGCGCUAUUGCGCGGUCCCGCCGCGCUCCUCCAUCAGCCAGAGCGCGAGAGGCGCGUCAGAUCUUCAUUUCCCCUAUGACGUUCAUCUCCGUGGCCAGUUUUACCCCGUGCAAGACGAAUUAAACACUUUUCAUAAUUAAUGACAGAAAGUCAAAUGUAAGUGAAAAGGACCGAAAAUGCAGGACUUUCAAUCGCACAUGUAUUAUUUAUAAAGUCCUUCUCUGAUUUGGGACAAUCGGAUGUUUUAUUAUUUAUCAUUUUUGAUUAAAUGAAAGAUGUGCUUACAGUGUUCCUAAAUGAAUUGUUGUUUUUUAACUGUUCGACAAAAUGUGUGGUCUGAUGGGAAAACAAUCCACUAACAAGAAUGUGUUUUACGCGGAUGAUAUUUAAGUUUCAUGUUUGUGUGCAUUUUAAUUUCAUGGCCUGUAUGAGUAUUAAUAGAUCUAAAAAUCUGUCACUAUAAGGUCUCUUGCCCCGAAAGGCAUAAUUUAAUUAUAAGUUCAUUUAAAUAUUUGCGAUAAACAUUCAGUAAAAUAUGAGAGCAAUAAUUGCUAAGGGUGCUAUGCAAUAUAUAAUUCUCGAUAUAAUUCUGGCCCUUUAUUUAUACACAUAAAUUUGUCUAAACAGUUUACACACAAAGUUCAAAAUAUAAAAGUGUUAACAAGACUAAAUAUCUCAUCAUUUUGUAAUACAUAAAUGUGUUUAUUCGUUUAUGAAAAGUAACAUGAAAAACUAAAAACAUGAAUUUAUUUAUUUCCUUUGAAUAAAACUUUCGUUAUUACUUACGAAAAUUUCGUGAUGUUUUACACAAGGCACAUGUUUAUAUGUCGGUAAAUAAAUUGAAUCAACCAUUGCCUAUUAUUAUUAUUAUUAUUUAUACGCCAAGAUCACCAGGAAGAGGCCAUUAUUGAAUCAAUUUACUUUGUAGGUGACGAUAUUUACAAAUAUAUGGAUGUAAUUCUGAAAAACGAAAUAAUUAUGGUAUGUUAUUAAUUUGUUUGUUUCAUUGAUUUCAGUUUGUGAAAUUUAACUUUAUUAAUGUGGAC